AAUUUGCCAAUAAAGCGAAACAAUUAUCAUGGUGAUGAUCCUUGUCCCCCGAAACUUAUCAGCAAAGAAGACAUGGUUGGAAUACUACGUCAUUGCCAUUUUCAGAACAUUACAACUGGCAAUGAGUCGUAUUACAACAACAAAGAUAAUUUGGAAGUCCAUCACGACGGCGUACAUGAUUGGGUUGGAGGUGAUAUGGACGAAGUCAGAAUUUCUUCUUUUGAUCCAAUUUUCUGGAUGCACCACGCCUUUAUAGAUUACAUCUGGGAACAGUUCAGAGAGAGACAGAGCAGCUCCGAGUGCAAUGUAGACGUUGAAACUGACUAUCCAAAGACAAACCUAUCAAGGUUCAACAAUUCUCUGAAUGCUGCUACGGACCCACUUCACGGAUUUGAGUAUAUGCAAAUAAAAGAUGGCCUUUGGAAGAACUGGACAACAAAAUUCUUCAAGUAUGAGCCCCAACCGCAGUGCCCGGAUUGCGGAGGCUCUCCGUUUCUAACCUGCGACCAAGAGGUUGAUAAAGAAAGAUACCCCGAUGGCGUAUGUGUGAGCAAGGAUUGGGAUGCAUGUCAUUCCGUCAAGAAGGUCGAUAAGGAA